AUGGACCAUCUUAAGCAUUGGACGGCGAGUGUGGCCCCCCUGGGUCACAAGCUCUCUGAGCGUUUCGGCACGCUGAACCAGCAGGCGCGCGAGCACUUCGGGCAGACGGACGACCUGACUGAGCUGCCAGAGGAGUACAAGCAGCUGGAGCAGCGCGUCGAUGCACUGAGGAGCGCCCACCAGGCGAUGAUGCAGUAUGAGUCUGUGACGCAGAGUGCGCAGUCGAUCGGCCAUACGCUGUCGCAGUGGGCGGCGCAAGCUACGCGCAACACGGGCCUGCCGCAGGUGCAGCCUACGUAUGCGCCGCCGACGCAUCCCCGCACGCUACACCAUGCGAUUGCGCGUAGUGCGACGGCUGCCGCGAUGGACUUGGGCAAGUGCCCGCAACAGAUGCCGGCGUACACGGGUGGUGAGCCAGUGACAACGAUGGAGAGUAAGCUUGCGGAGCUGCUACAGAAGUUUGCCGUGGCCGAAGAUGCCGUGGGUCACGCUCGUAUCGCGCAGGACAAGGCGAUCUUGAGCCAGUUCAUUUCGGUGUGGAAUGCGUUUGGCUCGCAGAUCCAGCUUGCGAUGAAGGCGCGCCAACAGGUCCGUGAGGCGCGUCUGCACCUAGACGGCUGGCGCGGCCACCUCAAGAGCGCCGAGGCGAGCUCGUCGUCGAAGCUGGAGACGUACCGCCUCGAGGUCGAACAGGCGGAGGACAAGCUCGUAAGCGCGACGGAGGAGGCGAUCAGCCUGAUGAAGACUGUGCUGGACAACCCUGAACCGGUGAAGAGCCUCGCGAGCUUCGUCAAGGCACAGCUGAAUUACCACCGCUCGGCUGCGCAGACGCUCGAGCAGCUCAAUGCCGAGAUGAACACGCUGGUCACGAGUGUUGAGGCCGACUUCCGCGCAUCGCGGGAGUAG